UUAAACUAGUGAUUAAAACUGCUGUAGAGAUUAUCAUAAUAAAACACAAUUAAGUCCUGUGCAUUUGAUAAAGUUUUCGGUGCAGAAUGGUUCAAGUAGUGCUCGGAAAACAAACCUAUCAAGUGGAGGAAGAAGAAUUGCGCGCUGGAAAUUUCCAUCAAUGGAUCAAAAGUAAAACGGGCCUUCUCCCAUCGGAAUACUACCUUACGCAGAAUGGCAAACGCCUCCAGGAUGGCUGUUACGACAAAUUACUACCAUCCGUUCCCGUUCGUCUGCACGAACGCCUUCCCGGAGGGAAGGGUGGUUUCGGUUCGAUGUUGCGAGCCAUUGGGGCACAGAUCGAAAAGACCACCAAUCGGGAGGCGUGCCGUGAUUUGAGCGGUCGCCGAUUGCGCGAUAUCAACGAGGAGAAACGCUUGAAGGCUUAUUUGGAAAAGCAGAAAGACGCUCCCGCCGAUGAGGCCGCCAAGCUGCAGCAAAAAAUCGAUAAACUGCUGGCCAAACCGAAGCACGAGUUUCACGACGAAGAGUACAACCGGGUGCGGAGUGAUUUGACGCAGAAUAUCGACGAAGCCGUGCAGGAGGGUUUCCGGAAGGCGCUGGAAGCGGAGAAAGCGGCCGGUUUCGCCGCUGCAGUGGGGGCUGGUGGUGUUAAGCGAAAGAGUGAUGUGACCAAAGGUGGUGGGAUAAAAAAGAAGAAGGCCAAAGGUGCUCUUUGGUUGGGAGCGGACGAUUUGGGCUCGUCUUCGUCUUCCUCGGACAGUGAGUCCGAUUCCGCAGGAUCGGAUUCGGUUGGUUCGUCUAGCGGGGGCGGGACGUCAGCGUCGGUGGGUUCUAGUGAGAAGGGUCAGUUGGUGCAAAAAACUGAUGCACAAGAGCAAGAGAGGAUGGUGGAAUUGGCGGGUAAUAGUUAGAUGUUCAAGUCCAUACAUCGCUCAGUUUUUGAAACUAAGUCGAAUACCAUUCUUAUUCAGCCCUCCGAACCUCAAAUCGGUUUCCCGUCUAGCGACCGUCUUUGGUACCUUUCCUUAUUGUGUUACAUGUAAACAAAUCA